GGGAGGAGUGGAUAGUGGAAGAGAAAUGAGGAGAGUAGGAUGGUGGAAGGGGGAGGUGGAGGUGGAGGUGGCUAUGGCGGACGUGACUGGGUUGAGGUGGUGGUUGUGGUGGUGUUUGGUGUGUGUGUGUGUGUGUGUGUGUGUGGUUGUUGAGGAUGGAAGUGGUUUGGAUGAUUAGGAUGAUGGCGUGACUGGCUGGUGAUGGUGGUGGUAGUUGCAGAGAGGGGGGGGGUUGGAAUGGUUGUAGGGGGUGUUGGUAGUGAUGGUGAACGUGACUGGCUUGUGGUAAAGGUGGUUGUGGUUCUUGAGGAUGGUGGUGGUUGAGUAAUAGUGGUGGGGGUAGCGGACGUAACGGUGUUGUGGUUGUUGGGUGCGGUUGAGGGUUGGGGUGGUGGUUGUGGUGGUGGUGGUAGUUGGGAGUGGUGGUGUGGUGGUGGGGGCGGUGGUGGUAGUGGUGAUGGUGACGCUACAGUUGUCAGGGUUUAUAGAGAUGGUCGUGUGUGUGUGUGUGUGUGUGUGUGUGUGUACUCCUGUAAUCAGCAAACUGCAGUAACUCGUUCGCUUGUUUCACCUCCCUGCUUCAGGCCUUCCUUCUCUCCCUUCCCCUCCCUCCCCGCUCCCUCGCCUGCCUGCCGCCCUCUCCCCGCUCUUCCUCGCCUGCUCUCCCCUGCUCCUCGUGUCCCAGACCUCGUCGAGAAGACACACACCUGGGCGUCUCCAGGAUCCUUCUGACACACAGGGAGGUGUAUCACUCCGCCAGCAGCAAACUUGACGUCAUGGGCCAGGGCAUGCAGCGGCGUGCAGUGCGUGGGUAUGGUGACUGUGUGGCCUCUGAUGAAGAGGUGUGUGAGCUGCUGGACGAGAGAAGAGCAAACUAAAAGUAAACAUGGGAUUGCUGCCGCCUCAGGACACUAGGAGCAUUGCGGAAGCGCUGAGGAAGACAUCACAACCCUUGACACAGCGAACACAACUCUGUACUGAGGCUGGCACUGGCUUCUCCCAACAUCUCACGUGGUCAUUGCAACAAAAGGAGUCCAGUUCCCCUGCUGAUGAAAGUUGCAUCCCAUCUGAGUACAACACUCCACCACAGCCAUUGCCACCACCACCUGCUAUCUCCAUCUCCACUGCCACCACCGUGCCAGCCAGGCCAGAGGCAUGGGAUCCUAAUGUUCAAGAUAAGUGAUUCCACUAUCUGUGGCCUGGCCAUGAACACUGUAGCCAUAAGUUCUGCACAUCAUAAAAGGCAGUUAAAAGGAUGUAUUUUAUCCCACAACGAAACAAGAAUUUCAGGCUGAUGUAGAAUGAUAGAUUGACAAUACCUUAAAUAGUAAUUUAAUUCAGACUGAUUUAAUUCAGAUUAUGGUAAUCUUUUGAUCAAAGCAAAGUUCAAAUAAAAUUUUACCAAGUUGUGAUUAGUAAGAACCAAGUCCAGUUUUUGGCAGUGUUUAUUAUAAUUAAUUGUUUUUGAUGAUUAUAACUGUACACACUCCAUUGAGCAGAUGACCACAGCUUGUAACUGUGGAUGCUUACAGCCUGGUGAGGACUUUACUGCAGAUCACCGUGUUAUGUAGAGGAUCUUUUAAUUUUACACUUGCAACUAUUAGAGCUGCCUGCUGCUGACUGUCGAUUAUGAAAUUCUCUCUCUCUCUCUCUCUCUCUCUCUCUCUCUCUCUCUCUCUCUCUCUCUCUCUCUCUCUCUCUCUCUCUCUCUCUCUCUCUCUCUCUCUCUCUCUCUCUCUCUCUUCAUCUGGCACCACUACCAUUGUUAUUUAUCAUGUGUUACAAAGGAUAUGUUGUGGGUCACAUCCAUAUGCCUGUUAUAGAUGAUGGAAAUAAUUUAUUGUGUGUGUCACCAAAUUUGGGAGCAGUAGAACAUAUCCGCUAUCAGUGCAAGAAGUUACUGAUGUAGAUCCUUGCAAAUCAGGAAUUGCUUAUGAUUUCAUGAUGUAAAUAUUUAUGCUUGGAAAUUGAUCAACACAUCUCUUUAUUUUCAGGUCUAGAUUCAGAAGCAAUGAAGAUGAACCCAGGAGUGCCCCCUUAUAUGGUGUACCACAUACCCAUGAUGUAUGGAGGGUUUGGGGACUACAGCUACAACCCUCACUGGGUCUGUAGCAUUCCUGUGAUGCCUUCCCCUGCUACAGUAGAGGAGGGCAAGCAGACACCCUUGAUGCCAGGAACAGAUGGGUAUCAGCAGAUGGUGGCUGUUGGGGGCUGGGGACAGGGCAACCUGAGGGCAGAGACGGAGGGAAAGAUGGCCCACCUUUCCACCACCAUCACCCAUGGGGCCGGGGCCGUGGUGGACCCCAUCACCAAGGGAGGCACCACUAUGUUGCACAUCAGUACUCAAAUAAUCAUGGCAACAACUUUCAUGCAUGUCAUUGAAAAUCUGGACCUGUCCGGGCUGGUGAAGGACACUCAUUGGCAGUGGGUGGCAGUGACAGACUCUAGAGCAGUACAUCCUGCAGGACUGGGCCAUGAGGCCACUGAAGGACACCGCUCAUUCUGCAGGAAGAGAGUGGCUGUAAGGAGCAGUACAGGAGCCCAGAGAAGGAAUGUUGUGUGGGGGAGAGAGAGAGAGAGAGUGUGUGCCAAGGUGACACCACUCUCCACCUCACCUGGGAACAUCACCUGCAACACCCUCUCAUCCCAGCCUCACCUAACAGCCAUCAGUCAUCAACUGCUGCCUUGUAUAUAAUAGUUUUCAUAUAACCUUCUGUCUUCUGUAUCUUGAAGUGAGUAAAGAAAAAAAAAAUAGAG